AUGGCGACCGUGAGGAUGAAAGCAGUUGAUAUAGGUUUGUGUUACCUUGUGUUUAUAAUGUCUAUGGUGAGUUUGAUACAUUCCACUGCUGUUCCAACACAUGCAAAAAUAGAGACAAACAUUUAUGUACCAUUCAAAACUCAAUCAUCAUCUGUAAUCACGAAACUUUCUGUAUUAGGAAGAGUGCCUGUUUUGGAAAGUUUUGAUGAAAAAGCAAGAUCGCUUUUCAGUGUGGUCAAUGGUCAAUUCGUGACCAAAGCUGGUCUGAUAUCUUCAUUGGGAAAGACAUUUACGUUUUAUGUCAGGGAUGCAUUAGAAAGUGGACCAAUCCUGGAUGUGUUACACGUCAUUGUUGACAAUUCAACAGAUUUGUUUGCAUUUCCCCAACAACAAUAUAUUGGCACCAUCAAAGAAAAUCAACCUUCAUUUUCACCGGUGGAAGUAGCUGGGCAUAUUUGGUCUAGAAAUCAGAAUAUUGUUUCACCUGGUCAUAUUAAAUACUCCAUCAUUCACAGUACAGGGCCAAAUAAUUUUUAUCUCGAGCACAAUAUUUACAGCCGCUUGGAAGAAGUUAAAUUUGUCUCUCGAAAACCACUAAAUCGAGAAGAAAUUGAUCAGUACAGAAUUAUUGUUCAGGCUGAAAAUGACAUUGGUCAAAAAGCUCAGACCGUGGUCAAGAUUUUUGUGGUAGACGAGAAUGACAACAUUCCAAAAUUUGAAAAAUCAUCAUAUUCUGUUGAAUUCGGAUCAGCAAUUCAUAGUGGAAGAAGGGUUAUUCAAGUUCGUGCCUUUGAUAUGGAUGACGACACCAUCUCUUAUAAAAUUGCGGAUGAAAAUGGUCUUUUUAUCAUUGAUCCUGUCAGUGGGAAAAUAUUCCUAAAGAGAAAUGGUUACCUUGAUUCUGGGAAUUACCUCAUCUAUGUUGUGGCUGAAGAUUCCAGUGGUCACUUGAGUGACCCAGUCAGUGUUGAAGUCAAAGUGAUACCUAAGGCCUUAAAAUUUGUAUCUUUUCAUGAUAGUCAUCAGUCUCAUGGUUUAUCUAAAAGGUCCACAGUUAUCAAUCGUGUAGAGAAAACCUAUGAGGUUCAGGAGAGUAUACCUAGUAGCAAGUCUAUGUUCAGCAUAGCAUCAACCCCGCCCCCUAUAUCUGGGGUGGAGCAGUAUCGUUUGGUGGAAUCUUCACUUCCAGACACAUUCCAAGUUGACACCCAUGGAUAUGUCUAUCUCAAGCAGGGGAGACGACUUGAUUAUGAAGAUAUGCAACAUCGGAUCAUUACAAUGAAAUUCCACGUCACAAACUCUAACAACUUUCAAGGUAAGAUUUUCGUACUUUUUUACUAUGAACUUACUAUAAUGGAACCUUGA